GGACGGGGCUGCAAAAAAAUUGGAGUACUAAAAAAGAAAGAAAACGAUGAACGGGGCUGCCGAGAAGAGUAAAGUACGGUGCUGCCGGGUGAAGUUUCUUUUAGUUCGGAUUUUAUAUAGCAGCUUUUAGGCUUAACUACCGGCGAUGAAUCCUGAUAAGUUCACCCAUCUGACAAAUGAGGCCAUUGCCGGGGCUCAUGAACUGGCUACGAAUGCUGGUCAUGCACAGUUCACUCCGCUUCAUAUGGCGUCUGCUUUGGCCUCAGAUCAAAAUGGCAUUUUCCGGCAAGCAAUUGCAAAUGCAGGUGGUGGCGAAGAAGCUGCAAAGUCAGCCGAGAGGGUCUUCAAUAAGGCAUUGAAGAAACUCCCAUCCCAAACCCCUCCCCCAGAUGAAGUCCCAGCAAGCAGUUCGCUGGUUAAAGCGAUUCAACGUGGCCAGUCCUCCCAGAAGUCCCGUGGGGACACCCAUUUAGACAUCGAUCAAUUAACCCUUGGCCUUCUAGAAGAUUCCCAAGUUGGAGAUCUCUUGAAAGAAGCAGGGGUUAGACCUUCAAGGGUGAAAUCAGAGGUCGAGAAGCUCUGUGGGAAGGAAGGUAGAAAAGUGGAAAUUGCUUCAGGCGAUAGCAAUUUUAAAGCACUGAAAACUUAUGGGCGUGACCUUGUCGAAAUGGCUUCCCAACUUGAUCCUGUCAUUGGUAGAGAUGAAGAGAUUUGGAGGGUUAUUAGUAUUCUAUGUAGAAGAACGAAAAACAAUCCGGUUCUCAUCGGAGAACCAGGUGUUGGGAAAACGGCAGUUGUUGAAGGUUUAGCUCAGAGAAUUGUUAGAGGGGAUGUCCCAAGUAAUCUAGCUGAUGUUGCUAUUAUUGCAUUAGAUAUGGGGGCACUGAUAGCCGGAGUCAGUUACUGGGGAGAGUUUGAGGAAAGGUUGAAAGCUGUUUUGAAGGAAGUCGAAGACGCCAAGGGAAAGGUUAUACUUUUUAUCGAUGAGAUACAUGUCGUUCUUGGUGCCGGUCAAACAGAAGGGUCCAUGGACGCUGCCAACCUGUUCAAGCCAAUGCUUGCCAGGGGUCAACUCAGGUGCAUUGGCGCAACAACUCUCGAUGAGUACAGGAAGUAUGUGGAGAAAGAUGCUGCUUUUGCGAGACGGUUACUGCAGGUUUAUGUAGCGGAGCCGAGUGUUGAGGACACAAUUAGUAUUCUUCGUGGGCUGAAAGAAAGGUAUGAAGGGCAUCAUGACGUUAGGAUUCUGGAUCAAGCUCUUGUUGUUGCUGCACAGCUAUCUGCUCGAUAUAUCACUGGGCGUUUUUUGCCGGACAAGGCAAUUGACCUGGUGGAUGAAGCUUGUGCACAUGUCAGGGUCCAGCUUGAUAGUCAACCCAAAGAGAUUGAUAAGAUCAGAAAGUUAGAAGUUGAUCUUCAUGCUCUUGAAAAGGAGAAGGACAAGGCUAGUAAAGCUCGGCUAGCUGAAGUCAAAAAAGAGCUUGAUGAAUUGAGGCGCAAGCUUCAACCUUUGUUGACGAAGUACAGGAAGGAAAAGGAAAGGAUUGAUGAGCUUCGCAAACUCAAACAAAAACGGGAGGAGCUCCUCAUUGCAUUACAAGAACUUAAAAGAAGAUGCAACUUAGCUAGAGUUGCCGACAUAAAUACUGGUGAGCUUCAAGAUGUACAGGCUGCCAUUCAAAGGCUUGAAGAGGCUGCCAUUCAAAGGCUUGAAGAAAGCACACUAGAAAACGAAAUGCUUACGGAGACCGUAAGACCGGAACAAAUAGCAGAAGUUGUGAGUCGUGGGACCGGUAUACCCGUGACGAGACUUCGUCAGAAUGAGAAACAGAGGUUGAUUGGCCUUGCUGGCAGGUUACAUCAAAGGGUGUUGGGACAGGAUCAUGCGGUUAAUGCCGUUGCCGAAGCUGUUUUAAGGUCAAGGGCUGGGCUGGGAAGGCCGCAACAACCGACCGGUUCGUUCCUAUUCUUGGGUCCCACUGGUGUCGGGAAGACGGAGCUUGCAAAGGCACUUGCGGCGCAACUGUUUGACAGUGAAAAGAUGCUUGUUAGGAUGGACAUGUCUGAGUAUAUGGAGCAACACUCGGUUGCUCGAUUAAUUGGUGCUCCACCUGGCUAUGUUGGGCAUGAGGAAGGAGGACAACUCACAGAAGCUGUUAGGAGGCGGCCAUAUAGUGUAAUACUUUUUGAUGAAGUAGAGAAAGCGCAUCCGACUGUCUUCAAUACUUUGCUUCAAGUUUUGGAUGAUGGAAGGUUGACUGAUGGCAAAGGACGCACAGUUGACUUUACCAACACAGUGAUCAUUUUGACUUCAAACCUUGGUGCCGAGCACCUAUUGAAAGGAUUAAAUAGGGAGUGUACUAUGGAGCGUGCUAAGGAAAUGGUGAUGAAAGAGGUGAGUAAACAUUUCAAGCCAGAGUUUCGCAAUCGGCUAGAUGAGAUCAUGAUAUUUGAUCCUCUUACUGAUGAGCAAUUGAGAGAGGUUGCUAGGCUCCAAUUGAAGGAUAUUGAAAUCCGCCUAAAAAAAAGGGGCAUUGACUUAGCAGUGACUGAAGCAGCAUUGGACGUUAUAUUGGCAGAGAGUUAUGACCAGGUUUAUGGUGCAAGACCGAUUAGGAGAUGGUUGGAGAAGAGGUUGGUCACUGAGCUAUCAAAAAUGCUUCUGAGAGAAGAUAUUGACGAAAAUUCAACUAUCUAUAUAGAUGCCGCGCCUAAUGGGAAGGAUUUAGUGUACCGGGUUGAAAAAGAUGGUGGACUUGGAAACGCUGCUGCUGAGCAGAAGUCUGAUAUAUCAAUUCAAAUCCCUAACGAUGCAAAGUCCGAUGCUGCUCAGUCAGUGAAGAAGAUGAAGAUUGAGGAAGUAGACGAGGACGAUUAGAUUGAGGGAUAGAUUGCAUACAUUAUGGAGGGAGAAUGUUUUGAAUGGUUCAUGAAACUGAAUAUGACACUGUAGCUGUGUUUUAAUUGUAAAUAGUUUUGUUUUUUUUUGGGUAAGGAUAAAUAGUUUUGUUUUGUUGAUACCUAAAAAUGUUUGU